GUGCCAACGGCACGUACUCCUUGUUUUCUUCGUCGUCUUUAUUACAACGCCGCAAAUACACGUCUCUGAUCUUCUUCAUCCUUCAUUUUCCCCUUGACCUCCACUCUAUACCAAACUCCACAACUACCUACUUCAGAUGGCCGGCACAACUACCCUUGAUGUCGGGGCUGAUGGAGUUGCCCUUAUCACCAUCAUCAAUCCUCCGGUUAAUUCUCUUUCGUUUGAUGUUCUGUACAGCUUAAAAGAUAACUGUGAACUGGCCUUGAGAAGGGACGAUGUGAAGGCUGUUGUUAUCACAGGUGCAAAAGGAAAGUUCUCUGGUGGUUUUGAUAUUAGUGCAUUUGAGAAGAUUCAAAAUAAAACUGUCCAAGCACCAAGGCCUGGUUUUGUAUCUUUGGAGAUUCUUAGUGAUGUUGUGUCUGCUGCAAAAAAGCCAUUUGUGGCUGCUGUUGAUGGACUUGCCUUGGGGGGUGGUCUCGAAGUGGCAAUGGGCUGUCAUGCUCGUAUAUCAACACCCCAUGCUCAGUUAGGACUACCUGAACUGCAGCUUGGUGUUAUCCCUGGAUUUGGAGGCACGCAAGCACUUCCUCGCCUUGUAGGUAUUGCUAAGGCCCUUGAAAUGAUACUGACAUCGAAGCCUGUGAAAGGGGAGGAAGCCUUGAGUUUAGGCCUUGUGGAUGCUCUUGCUUCACCUACUGAACUCAUAAAUACAGCCCGUCAAUGGGCUCUCGAUAUUUGGGCACACAAAAGGCCUUGGGUUGUCAGUUAUUACAGGACUGAUAAGUUAGAACCUUUAGGCGAGGCAAGGGAAAUACUCAAUUUUGCUCGAGCCCAAACACGCAAGCGGGCACCAAACAUGACCCAUCCUAUAGUCUGCAUUGAUGUCAUUGAAGCAGGUGUUGUUUCGGGUGGUCGUGCUGGGCUUUUGAAGGAAGCUGAGGCAUUUGCUGCGCUCGUUGAAUCAGAUACUUGCAAGAGCUUGGUUCAUGUUUUCUUUUCCCAGCGUGCUACAACCAAGGUACCUGGGGUCACUGAUCUAGGAUUGAAACCAAGGAAGGUAAAGAAGGUUGCUAUACUUGGCGGAGGUCUGAUGGGCUCCGGAAUCGCUACAGCUCUUAUUCUUUCCAAUUACCCGGUUAUCCUAAAAGAAGUAAAUGAAAAAUUCUUGCAAGGCGGGAUUGACAGAGUGAAAGCUAAUUUGCAAAGCCGUGUUAAGAAAGGAAAAAUGAGUCAAGAGAAGUUCGAAAAAACUUUCUCAUUACUCAAAGGUGUUCUUGACUAUGAAAGCUUUCGGGAUGUGGACUUGGUUAUUGAGGCUGUUAUCGAGAAUGUCUCUCUGAAGCAGCAAAUAUUCUCUGAUCUCGAAAAAUUCUGUCCUUCACAUUGCAUACUCGCAACCAACACUUCUACUAUCGAUCUAAACUUGAUUGGAGAAAAAACAAGGUCUCAGGAUCGCAUCAUUGGAGCUCAUUUUUUCAGUCCAGCUCAUGUGAUGCCGCUUCUAGAAAUUGUUCGCACGCAAAAGACAUCUGCUCAAGCAAUUAUUGACUUACUAGACCUUGGAAAGAAAAUCAAGAAGACACCCGUUGUGGUUGGAAAUUGCACUGGUUUUGCAGUCAAUAGAAUGUUCUUUCCCUACACUCAAUCUGCUCAUAUACUUGUGGAACGUGGAGUGGAUCUCUAUAAGGUCGAUAGGGCAGUAACAAAGUUUGGCAUGCCCAUGGGACCCUUCAGGUUGUGCGAUCUUGUCGGAUUCGGUGUUGCAGUUGCUACGGGUGGGCAAUAUCUCGUGAAUUUUCCGGAGAGAACUCACAAGUCAUUGCUGAUACCAAUUAUGCAAGAGGAUAAUAGACAAGGUGAAAGUACUCGCCGAGGCUUCUAUAUAUAUGACGAGAAGCGCAAGGCAAGCCCUGAUCCAGAAAUCAAGAAAUACAUUGAUAAGGCUAGAGAGAUUUCGGGCAUGACUAUUGAUCCCAAGUUUACUAAAAUGACGGAUAAAGACAUUGUUGAGAUGAUAUUCUUCCCUGUGGUGAAUGAAGCCUGUCGGGUACUUGCUGAAGGCAUUGCCGUCAAAGCUUCCGAUCUAGACAUAUCUGCAGUCAUGGGAAUGGGAUUCCCUCCUUACAGAGGGGGUGUCAUGUUUUGGGCCGACUCAAUCGGGUCAAAAUACAUCUACUCACGUCUGGAGGAGUGGUCGAAAUCCUACGGUGGUGUCUUCAAGCCUUGCUCUUAUUUAGCUGAACGCGCUGCAAGGGGGGCUCCCUUGAGCUCGACUAUGGAUACUGCCAAGGCGCGAUUGUAAGCCCCUCUGGCGCGCGAUCGGGUGCUCAGGCAAUGAUUAUAAUGGGAGUAAGAACAGAAUAAGUAGUAGUGAAUGCUAUUUGAAUAGAGGAAUUAAUGAAUAAAAUGGUCCAGCCAUUGUUAUGCAGUGCGUUGUUACUUGUUACUACUUGGCAAGUUGGCAUGAAUAUGUAUGCUUUACAGUGGAUCUACAAAACGAGUGUUACUGUCUUAAAUCCAAUUUAGUCUGCCAUAUUUAUUUUCCA